AGAUGGCUUACACAUCUCAAAGGCUCAUCCGUCGAUGGGUGUGUGAGGCGGACAUCUCCAACUCUUAUUGCGACUGACUAUAACUUCCAUAGGCUCUUCGCUGGCGGAGAGACGUCGAUCACUUUAGUUAACCUCAACUAUGCAGACCUCAAGCUGGCCAGUCUCAUAAAUAGCGCGGUGGCAGUGUUUCGAACGCAGCGCUUUCUUGACCACAACAAGACCUCUAUCGUGCGACGAGAUUCUUUCAUCAAUAUCAUCAUGAGUCGCGCGGCUCAUGCGAGACCCUACGGCCCAAUUAACAGCACCUCGGCCGCUAGAUGAACGUAUAUAAAGAUCAGGUCUUAAGAUUAUUUUAGUAAAGGGCAGGUAUCAAGUUUCUCGUUGUUCAUCUGCUUCCCUUUGCAUCCUGAUGGCUCUCGCUUACUCAAGAGUUCUUGUUUACUUAGUAUUUCUCUCUUUCUUUCUCCUUUCAAGCAAAGCAUAUCCUUUUCAUGAGAAGCUUCAAUACCUCUCAGAGCGACAGAGUAUUUCUCCGCAGGAUCGUUCACAGCAAGUUCGCAACUCAAUCAUCGAACAAGGCUUCGAAUUCAUCGAACCUCAGUCAUAUUUUGCUAUUAGCGGGAAGUGUAAAACCGACACAAGGAAUAUCGAUACGAAGAAGUACGCAAACCGCUUUGACUUCUAUAAACAAGCAGUCCUCGAUGCCACGCAAAUAGCUCAAGGGGCACAGAAGUGGCCCCAGUUUGGUACCGACGCUUCCGACCUAUAUAUGUGGCCGGGACUGGGCGAUGACGAUCGUCAAGCAUACGCUCUAAAUAUCACGAAAAACAUCGAGGCAGCAGCAAAUUGGGACCACCCAAGAUGGGGUUUCGAUGCUUACAUCACUCUAACCUGUGACGAUCCUUUCAACGCAUGUAACGGCAAGAUCGGAGACGAUCCAAGAUCCGUAGCUUGCUAUGUCAAUAACACUAUGGAACUGUGGGGAUCCGUCUCUUGCAUUUCAUGUUGCGGUGCAUUCUUCACUAUCAAUGACAACAAGCAAGCAUUCGAUUACGGAAAAGCGAAAGAUAUAACUCAGUUGGGACUUGAUUGGAUGAGGACCAGUGGUUCAUAUCUGGUGCAUGAAAUGAUGCAUACUGUCAAAAUCACCCAAGACCGACCACAUAUUAUGGACCAGAGCUUCCCUGGUGCGCUGAAGAGACGCGUCUAUGGGCCCAAAGACUGCGCCAAAGCCGCCAGAGGCAACAGUGGCCUAGGCAUUACAGAAAAUACACUGAAUGCAGACAGCUACGCUGAGUUCAUGCUGGCCAUGUACUGGAAGGAUCUCUUUAAUGGACAACUUCUACCGCCAACCAGCACGCUUUCCGUCACAGAAGCGCCACCAGGAGUUAAUCAGAGCACGGGUGACUUUGAAUUAGUCUCCGACAACGAUGACAGUUACGUUGACUUCGCUGCUCAAGUAACUCAGCCCCAGCUUACCUGCGCUGGUGAACCGGCCGAUAAGCCGCCCGCUACGCAAGCUUGGAUUGCCGCGCAGAUAAACGACUAUUGCACCCAAAUCGCCAACAGCGGCUGGAUCGUCAAUAGCACCCUCGGCCAGUAUGGUCCUAAGGGCUACGUGGCAGGCAACACCGCCCCAGACUCUGAAAAUGACCUUUGGCUCUCGGUCUCGCACGAUCCCGGCUGUGACGUCAACACAGCUUACGAAGUGGAGCUAAGUGACUGCCAGGAGUUCUUUGGUAUAGCACUGAAUGGGUGUAAUACAAACAGCUUAACGAGAAAAUGGGGUGGUCAGGUGCAAGCGAACUGCGCACUGUGGAACAUUACUACGAGGGCCGGGCACAAUACGAUGCCACCUAAUGGGUACCCACCGAAGUAACAGUAAUUUCCAGAUGGCUAAGAAAGUAUGGCAACGUGUUCCUCCAACUCACAUGGGAUUGGGUGAAGGCAGCGUUAGAACCGGUCGCUUUUGCUUAGGCCGAAUGGAUAAGAAAGUCUGGAAGUUGAAGGUUUUCUUUCCCCUGGAUGAAGCCAGCUCCUGGAUAAUAUUGCUGAAAGCUCCACUCGGUUCGAGGGCGGCUAAAAGCUCGCUGGACGGUUCAGCGCGGUGAAAAUCCAUGGAGAGAUUUAAGAUAUGAGCGUGGAAGGCUUCCACAAUGUUCCGGUGGGCGAAUUGGGAUAUAUGAGUCGCCGCUGCAGCCUUGAAGAUGGUAAAGUCUCGAGCCAGUUGGAGAACAAUCCAGAUGCAAACUUUGUUCAUUAUAGUUGCUGCAUUGGUCAAACAGGAGCUAAAGAUGGACUCGACGUGAACUGACCGUAGUUCCAACCCAAUGAAAUGCCGUCAAUGAUGCCACCUAGUUGGCG